UUCAAAGUUGAGUCGGUCACAGAGAUAAACUUAAAAGCCCUUAAACCCUAGCCGCCUCCUUCUUUCUCUCAGUCAUUUCUUUCUUUCUUAAACCUUGAAAAAUCUUCCUCCCCGUUUUUCUUCAAGUUGGAUUUUGGGUUUUACAGAAUCAUACUUUUAAGUAAAGAUGGCUUUUGCUAGUAAACUUGGGAGCCUUGUGAGGCAAGCAAAUGGACAGGGUUCUUUGGCAUCUAUGUACAAUGCUGUCCGGUGCAUGUCAGGAGGGCCUGGAGGAUCAAAGCUGUUUAUUGGAGGUCUUUCUUAUGAUACCGAUGACAAUCAACUUAAGGCAGCAUUCGACAACUUUGGUGUAGUUACCGACGCUCGAGUUAUCACGGACAGAGAUUCCGGGAGGUCAAGGGGCUUUGGAUUUGUCAGCUACAGCUGUGAAGAAAAUGCUAGUCAAGCUCUUACUAUGGACGGUCAGGAUCUUGGUGGAAGAAUUAUCCGUGUAAGCUAUGCUAAUGAGAGACCUCCCCGGAACUUUGGUGGCGGUGGCUAUGGGAACAAUGGUGGUGGUGGUUAUGGAGGCGGCGGAAGAAAUGACGGUUUCUAAACCUGCGUUCCUUUCGGCUCUGCAUGUUGGUAUUCUUCUUUAGCAGUAAUUUGAAUGAAAAGUAGACUUAUACUACAUCAGUCACAUUCUUAAAUUCUCCAAUCUCUCUUUUGUAGUGGGUUGGGUAUCGUUUAGACUAUUUGUUGGUUGCAUUUCAUGCUAUUUAAUAAUAGUCGACAUACCUGUGUGAUCUUUAUUUUACUCUCCCAGUUAGUUAUACACUUGCAUUUUGGUUAGUCGUUGAAAAUAGAAAUCUUUGAAUU